AUGACCGUCACCACCGACCCUGAAUUUGCCCGUGAACCCCUUCGCGAGAAACGCUCUUUCCGCCGCCGCCUCCUCCCCGGCUUCGACGACCGCCCACCCUUCAUGCUGUGGCUGCGCCUCUGCUGGCUCGACGUGCUGACCCAGCUGCUCUGCCUGCUCGCCGCGUUCCUCAUCUACACCUUCGUCCCGCCCGUCAUGCCGCGCUACUUCCCGCUCUACACCGGCAUCGAGCGCAGCCCCUGGGGCCUCCAGCACGGCCACCCCUACCUGAGCGAGUACAUCACAACGACGGUGAGCGCGGUAGUGAGUUUCGCCGUACCAGCUGCAAUCAUGGGCACGAUUGGGCUAUGGCACAUCAUGGGCCUGGGCUAUGCCCUUGCAACGGCUACACUCUUCCAGUCCCUCAUCAAGGUCUUCAUCGGCGGCCUGCGCCCCCAUUUCCUCGCCGUCUGCGCCCCGCCCAUUCCCCCCGUCACACCGGGCCUCUCCUCCCUCGGCCCUCGCACAAACACAAAUAUCUACUACACGCCCACCAUCUGCACCGGCCCCGCCUCCCGCGUCACCGAAGCCCAGAUGUCGUUCCCCAGCGGCCACGCGUGCGCGGCCUUCGCCGGCUUCGGCUUCCUGGCCCUGUACCUCAACGCGAAGUUCCAGUGUUUCGGCCACGGGGCACGCGGCCGCCAUUGGAAGUUGGUGCUGUUUUCGCUGCCGUGGUGUGUUGCUGUGGUUAUUGCGGGGAGUAAGGUCAGGGAUCGGUGGCAUCAUCCUGUUGAUGUUGUGGUUGGGGCGUUGGUGGGUACGCUGUUUGCGCAUGUGGCGUUUGGGAUGGUGUUUCGUGGGGUUUAUGGGGCGGGGGGGAAUGCGCUGCCGAAGGAGUAG